AGCUUACGCGUGAUAUUUUUAAUAAGCCGAGAAUAUAAAACGUGCGCCAAGCUCGGUCCUUGGCUCAGUUCAAGCACAGGCCUAGCUUCAAUCGAUGCGGCAUCAGCGUCUCAUUGAAUGAACAUGUCGCAAGAAUCGAGUGAUGCAUCCACAUCACAGGCGUACAAAGUGUUGCACAAUGAUCAGGUUGGCAGAUACAUGGUCACGAGCAGAGAAUUACAAGCUGGUGAAGAACUUGUCACAGAAAUGCCCUUUGUUGUCGGGCCGAAGGCAUGCACUUAUCCCUUGUGUCUUUCCUGCUACACACCUUGGCCCCCUGAACCGGAUGACAAACAGCUAUGUUCCACAUGCGGAUGGCCUGUUUGCGGGCAAGAAUGCGAGAAUGCUCUACAACAUAAAGAUUACGAAUGCCAGGUGUUUGCACAGGCGAACGAGAAGUUUAACAUAGACGCCGCAUUGCAGAACAACGAAAACGGCGUUCCGCAAUUAGAAUGCAUAACACCGUUGAGACUAUUAUUGGAGUCGGAGAGAAAUGUUGAAAGAUGGAAUAAGGAAAUAAAAGAUAUGGAACCGCAUAAUAAGAUACGGUGUCAGAAAGCACAAUGGAAGUCAGAUCAUGUCAAUAUCGUGGAUUAUCUGAGAAAACGACUUAAACUUGAUAGAUUCUCGGAGGAACACAUACAAACAGUGUGCGGUAUCUUGGAGAUUAAUACGUUUGAAGUACGGACAGCGAAAGGGUUCAGCGCACGUGGUCUCUAUCCAACAGUUGCUAUGAUGAAUCACUCAUGCGUCUCAAAUACGUCUCACAGCAUAUCGCCAAUUGAUUACAGGAUACGGCUGCGUACCACGCUUAAGAUUCCUGCGGGCGGUGAACUUUACGCAAGUUACACGCACUCGUUACUUCCAACGAUGCUACGGAGAGAGCAUCUUCUUGAGGGCAAGCACUUCGCGUGCGCGUGUCCACGUUGUUCGGAUCCUACGGAGCUGGGCACCCAUAUGUCCUCGCUGAAAUGUAACAAAUGCGACAACGGAAUUGUCUUAUCACUGGAUUCUUUAGAUUCGGAAAGUAAAUGGAAGUGUACGCAUUGCGAUUUUUCUACUACCGGUCAAGCAGUGCGAAAAGUUUUCCGGAUCAUUCAAGCGGAAGUAGACGCCGCUGAAGCUAUCAGCGGAGCCGAUGGAGCCGAUGCGAUUCACGAAAGAGAGACCAUUAUGAAAAAGUAUCGAUCAGUUUUACAUCCCCAGCAUGCCUUCCUUUCGAUGUUACGGCAUUCAUUGACCCAAAUGUACGGUCGAGUUGACGAGUAUUUGUUGGACGAUUUGCCGGAUGUUGUAUUGGAGCAUAAAGUCGACUUGUGUCGUUCACUGCUUCAAGUAUUGAACGUUGUGGAACCUGGGUACAGUCGUGUAAGAGGCAUGACGUUAUACGAGUUACACGCACCGUUACUAUUCUUGGCGAAAGGUCAGUGGAAUGCCGGUGUCAUUGACGAGACCGGACUAAAGUCCAAAAUGAUAGAAGCUGCGAAUAUUCUAAAAGAGGCGGUUAUGAUAUUAAGUUUGGAACCACCGGAUACGUCUGAAGGACAAAUAGGACUCGUUGCAAAGGAAUCUAUGGUUCAACUGGAACAAUCAAUAAAUGAUUUAUAAGUGUCUAUUGUAAAAUCUCGUUAUAUUUAUACUUUGUUAAUAAAUAUUUCUUGAAAUUUCUCGUUACUGACAAGUGUCAUCUGAUUAUAUUUUGUAAUUAUUUGUUAAUAAAAAAAGAUAAUUUCUUAAAGGA